AUGCUGGAAGUCCCCGAGGUCGAUGAACUGUCAGGAGACGCAGAACCACGGGUCCGUCAGGAGGCUCUGACAUGGAAACCAGAGUCAGUUUUGAGAAAGUCCAGACAAAUUUUGAGAACAGGUAUGGGUCAGGCGAUAUUCACAUCCCUGGACCUAGUCCUCAGUCACAUGUCUGAGGUUAAGGAGAGGGCUCAUAACCUAGGGGUAGAAGUCAGGAAAUCUAAACUAAAAAUCUUUUGCAUUUCAGAAUGGCCUACCUUCGGAGUUCCUCCAAAAGUAUUGGUGACAGAGGCUAAACAGCUGAGUUCCAAGAAGCCGAUGGUGCUUUCAGACUCCAUCCCUUGUUCUGAUCUCAUUGAUCUCCUAGGGCCAGAAUUUCCCCCACCUUAUUCCACAGGUAACAACCACCCUCCCUGUCAACAACCAACAGCUCCUCCGCCUCCAGCUGAGGGAGAUCAGCGUGCCUCGGGACCUGCAUUUGGCCUCAGGCCCUGGCAGGGGCAGAGGGAGCCCACUUUGUCAGAACCCACUUUAGUCCCUAAGGCACUCCCGCUGCGAGCACCAUUCUCUACCUCUGACUUGUAUAAUUGGAAAACUCAGAACCCCCACUUCUCUGAAGAAUCUAAGGCAUUGAUUAACUUGUUAGAUUCUGUUAUCUUUACACAUCAGCCUACCUGGGAUGACUGCCAGCAGCUCUUACAGGUCUUGUUUACCACAGAAGAGAGAGAAAGGAUCCAGAAUGAGGCUCGAAAAGCCGUCCCUGGGCCCGAUGGGAGGCCCACCCAAAAUCCGGACCUAAUCGCAGCGGCUUUCCCAUUGACCCGACCCUCCUGUGAUUUCAAUUCGGCAGAAGGUAGGGAGUGUCUGCAUGUCUACCACCAGACUCUAAUGGCCGGGCUCCGAGCAGCGGCUAGGAAGCCGACCAACUUAGCCAAAGUGGGGGACGUGAGGCAGGGACUCCAAGAAAGCCCUGCAGCAUUUAUAGAAAGAAUCGUAGAGGCUUUUAGGCAGUUCACUCCCAUGGACCCUGAAGUGGAGGAAAGCAAGGUGGCUGUGAUAAUGGCGUUUGUCAAUCAGUCGGCUUUAGACAUCAGAAAAAAAUUGCAGAAGGUAGAUCAACUAGGGGAAAAAUCCUUGUGUGACUUGGUAGAAGUGGCAGAGAAAGUUUAUAAUAACAGAGAAACCCCUGAGGAGAAGGAGAAGCGACUGAGGGAUGAAGACAGGAAGUAUCGAGCUGCUGAGGGGAAAAAGCAGAGUAGGGAACUGACAAAAAUCCUGUAUGCUGUCACUCAAGGAGACAGACAUGUAAAAGAAAAAGAUGGGGGGGGCAGGACAGAAAAAGAGAGAGAGAGAGAAAGGUUAGAAAAAGACCAGUGUGCUUACUGCAAAGAGAAGGGACAUUGGGCAAAAGAGUGCCCAAAGAAGACCAUGACAAACAAACCUAAGCAGGUCCUGCUGGCAGAGGAAGAUAGUGACUAGGAAUGUCUUGGUUUGGAGCCCCUCCCUGAACCGUGGAUAACACUAGAAGUGGAGGGGCAGCCUGUGAGCUUCCUGGUGGACACCGGGGCCCAACACUCAGUCCUCACCCAGCUGCUAGGACAAUUAGACAAUAAACAGAGCUGGGUGCAGGGAGCCACAGGGAAGAAGAUCUAUAAAUGGACUACUAAAAGAAGGGUUAACCUAAGCACAGGCCAGGUCACACAUUCUUUUAUGGUCAUUCCGGAAUGUCCAGCACCAUUACUAGAUUGAGACCUCCUGAACAAAGUCGGGGCUAGGAUACAUUUUGAAAGGGAAAGGAUUAAAGUAACUGACUGCCAAAAUCAGCCCCUACAAGUCUUGACCAUGUCAUUGGUGGAUGAAUACCGCCUCUAUGAUACAGCGAAGGCUGGGGAGACUUUAUCAGGAUGGUGGCUGCAAGCUUAUCCUCAGGCAUGGGCAGAAACAGGGGGUCCCGGAUUGGCAGUGAAACAGGCACCCUUGUUCAGAGAACUUAAACCUGGGGCUGAACCAGUCCACAUUAAACAAUACCCAAUGACAUUGGAAGCAAGGAAGGGAAUCACCCCCCACAUACAACACCUUUUAGAUCAGGGAAUCUUGAGACAAUGCAGAUUACCAUGGAACACUCCCCUUUUGGCUGUAAAGAAAUCUGGAACUGGAGAGUAUCGGCCAGUACAGGACCUAAGGGAGGUAAAUGCCAGGACUAUGGACAUACACCCCACAGUACCUAACCCUUAUACCUUAUUGUUGGCUCUGGCCCCAACUCAUGUUUGGUAUACUAUACUGGACUUAAAAGAUGCAUUUUUCAGCCUACCACUGGCACCCAAAAUUCAGGAAGUCUUUGCCUUUGAGUGGAUCGAUGAGUCCCGUGGCAUUGCAGGACACUUGACCUGGACCAGGCUCCCACAGGGAUUCAAGAACUCGCCUACUUUAUUCAAUGAGGCACUACACAGAGACCUGGGUGAGUACAGAAAUGCCCACCCACAGCUGACACUUUUAUAA